AUGAACCCACACUCAUUGAAUCCACAUAAAUCUGUCUCUUCCUAUUCUCCAUCAUCAUCGGCAUUGGUUCCAGAUCGUGCCUCUCAACAACGCAUUGAGGACACGUAUGCGAAAAUGCGAGGAGAAGUUAAAAGCGUGGCUCAUGCUUACAAGAUGGCCUUCGGAGAAGAUUAUUUGAAGAAUCAAGAGAGAGAAAUUGAGGAAUUUAGACGGGAACAGCAUUUGUAA